AUGACUGGUGAAGACUGGGGCUUGAUUGUCGUGUCAUUUUUGGUAAGAGUCGGAUUUUUUCUUUUUGGCAUUUACCAAGAUGCUAAUUUCAAAGUGAGGUAUACUGAUAUCGACUAUUUUGUGUUCCAUGAUGCUGCCAAGUAUGUAUAUGAAGGCCAAUCACCUUAUGCAAGGGAUACAUAUCGUUACACACCGCUACUAAGUUGGCUACUAGUUCCCAAUCAUUAUUUUGGAUGGUUACAUUUGGGGAAGAUCAUAUUUGUUAUUUUCGAUUUGGUUACUGGGCUCAUUAUAAUGAAGCUUUUGAACCAGGCCAUCUCCAAAAAAAAAGCUUUCAUACUAGAAAGCAUUUGGCUGUUGAAUCCUAUGGUUAUCACCAUCAGUACAAGGGGAAAUGCUGAGAGCGUACUUUGCUGUUUGAUCAUGUUCACGCUAUAUUAUGUGCAAAAGGGUAGGUACACAAUAGCGGGUCUCUUAUAUGGCCUUUCUAUCCAUUUUAAAAUAUAUCCAAUCAUAUAUUGUAUCCCAAUAGCGAUUUUUAUAUACCACAAGAAGAGCAGCCAGGGUACACAGGCGCAACUGACAUCGUUACUCAAUAUCGGUUCGAGUACCCUAGUGAGCUUGCUGGGAUGUGGUUGGGCAAUGUACAAGAUUUAUGGAUACGAAUUUUUGGAUCAGGGAUAUUUAUACCACUUGUACAGAACAGAUCACAGACACAAUUUUUCAAUGUGGAACAUGCUAUUGUAUUUGGAUUCUGCAAAUAAGGGCAAUGGAGGAUCCAACCUGUCAAAGUACGCAUUUGUACCCCAAUUGCUUCUUGUUUUAAUAACUGGAUGUCUUGAGUGGUGGAAUCCAACAUUUGAUAACUUACUGAGAGUUUUAUUUGUCCAGACGUUCGCGUUUGUGACAUACAAUAAAGUGUGCACAUCACAAUAUUUUGUUUGGUACCUGAUAUUUUUACCAUUUUACCUGUCAAGAUCGUACAUUAAUUGGAGGAAGGGUCUUUUAAUGGCCACACUUUGGGCAGGAACACAAGGUAUUUGGCUAAGCCAAGGUUACUAUUUGGAGUUUGAAGGCAAGAGCGUAUUUUAUCCUGGACUCUUUGUAGCGAGCGUAUUAUUUUUCCUGACCAAUGUUUGGCUAUUGGGGCAAUUCAUCACCGAUCUCAAGAUACAAGUGCAACCCACAGGUGCCAGCAAAAAGAACAACUGA